UUGUGAACGUAGUACAGGUAGAGACCGACUUUUAAUUCUGUGUUUCACUCGGGGUGGAUGAAUAUUGCGCGACGCAACAGCAAAGUAUGAAUAUAAAUAAUAAAAAGAAAGUUUUGCGCGCUUAUACAUAAAACAUAAAUUUUGCCUAAAAAGUUUAGUGUGUGUUCUCGCCUAUACUAAAAAUGAUGAUCAAAAUAUUGGAAACUUUGUUUUGAAAACUUUUGAAAAUUUACUUCUUGUCUUUAAUUUUUUUAGUUGUUGUUGUUGGUAUAAAGUUAGUUAAGUUCUUGUUUACAGUGAGUUGUGUUAGUUGUUGUUUGCAACAAACUUUGUUUCAUUACUUUUACCUUUUGGGUAGACGGAAAACUUUACUUUAGCCUAGUCUCAUUUGAAGGACAGAUCUUUCUUUAAGUUUUAUUCGAUGUGCAUUAGACGAUUCCAUUUUAUUACCGAAAAUAGGAUAAGUCAAGUGACUACCCGUCGAGACGAGAGGUCAAUUUUUUUUUUUAUACCAAGAAACUUUUCGAUUAAACCGACAUAAUUUUCGGGUGAAACUUUUCCGGAGUCAAUUAAGGCAAAAAAAAGUUUUUUUUUUACAUUCAAACUGUGAAAGUGAAAUAGAACUUUCUUUCGACACAAAUAUUAUCAUAUCAACCCGUUUGUAUCGAUUUUGUAACUUAUCGCCAUUUAGUAUACAUGAAGUUUUUACGGUGUGUCAUAUAAGUUUAUGACCUUUACUGCAGUGUCAAAUAAUUCAAUUAACCGACCUCUAUGCCCUGUAUUGUUCGAAUUAUUUUCUUUUCGAGUAACUUCCCUAUAAAUAUAAAGAAAUUUACCAUUAACUAAAUAAUAAACGACGAAAUGUAAUGUGUGUUUUUCGUACAAAAAAAACAACUUCAUAAUAUACUGAACAUAACAGAUCCGGAUCACAGAUUAAGUAAAACAUGCAAUAAAUGAGUAACAAACGUGGGUUUAUCUUAAAAAAAAAACCAUAGAAAGUAUGAAAACCGCAUCGCGUGUUGUCACGUAUAUCGAGUGUCAAUGCUAAUUUAGAUACGAAAUUUACUUCGAUUUAACAUACAAUAAUACGGUAGAAAAAGAAGGAAAAUUACUCAACUACAUUUUUGUUCUAAGAUAAUUUCAGUGAAUUUUUUUUUGUUGGUUCUCUCUGUCGAAUGUGAAAUAAAUAAUGUGUAUCACGACAGGAAUGAGUACAGCUGACGGAAACAUGACUGGGUCAUCACAUUCAACAUAACAGAUAUUGAGCGGACACUUAGCUGCAGUUUUAUGCCAUCUAAAAUGGCAGUUGCCAAGCGAUCAUUGAUGAAAGAUCCCAACGCUGACUCACAUUUUCUAAAAAAGACUGAUGACUACGAUAUCACUAAAAGAAAGAAACGUGCAAGUCGCGAUGACGAAUUAAAUUACAAGUCGGAUGAAAAAUAUUUUUUUAUGCAAAAGAAACAUAACAUCGGUCCGCCUCAAGCCAAUCGCACGCAUAUGAAUCGGCAAAAUUCCGACGAACAAGACGACGAAACAUUGAUUCGAGAAACGCAGGCAGCUUUGAAAAGUUUAUCUGGAGGUUGGCCAGAUUCGAGGGGUUCAUUGUAUAAGAUAGGCGAUCAAGACGAAAAUCCAACGUUUCAGAAUUUAUUUGACGAUAAACAUAAUGGCCACAAAAUGUCUCCGACUAUUUCGACAACAACUGGUGCUGAGGGCGUUAUAGACGUGCAGUACAAAGACGGAUACCUUUACAAAGACUUUAGCAUGAAGUGCCGAUCAGACAUAAAAACUUUACAGAAAUUCCGGAGAGACAAAGACGAGUCGAUACUACAGCAAAGACAUAAAGAUUCAUCGAAAUGUAAUUCUCAAUAUCAACCUCACGAUUUUACAGAACUAGUCGAUGAUUCCUCAGGCGAAUUAAUGGAUAUUGGAGGUGUUAAAGAUGAUUUUAAUAGAAGAGACAUAAAGGGUGACAUGUACGUGAAUUACAAUUGUACAAUGAGGCCAACUUUUUCGCAAUUAUCAGCAUUUAAGCCAUUGGGUGAUAACCGAAAAAAUUGUCCAAAUAUUCCCGGCACAUACGCAUUAGACAAUUCUUAUGGAAAUUACGGCAGUGAUGGUCAAGUAAAUUUAUGUGAAAGUGAUACGAAAAACGAGAAAAGAAAAAGCGCCUUGAAAUCACACAUUAAGGAAGAGGAAACAUCAAAGCCAGUCGAUUCUCCAGAUUCAAAACACUAUACAAUACUGCAACCGGCUGGCGUUGGAUCGAAAGCGGCAUCAGUGAUAGAAGAUGUUGCCAGAGAGGGUGUAGUGUCAGUAUCAGCAGUCAGCAGCACAAGCAGUCCCGACAUCAGUGCAGUUUCAUCAACAACAGUCAAUGACAAACUCAUGUAUGAUCGUAUGGUUCCUCCAUUUUCACCAGGUAGUAUCAAUAAAGACGGAAAUAAAUGUCCAACACCAAAUUGUAAUGGACAGGGACACGUAACCGGGCUGUACACACAUCAUCGCAGUUUAUCGGGAUGUCCUUUGCGCUGCAAAAUGACUCCGGAAAUGAAUUGUCAACAACCGGUGCCGAUGAGUCAACAACCAGAACACCAGCCAAUAAAUCAUGCUCAACUGGACAAACCAAACAUGUACAACACAAACACAACAAUACCGCCUGCAGUGUCUCGUGAGAAUCAAAAUAUUCAUCUCGAAAAGCUAGCCGAUAUUUCUAUGCCGGAAAAACGUUCUAACCCAAAAUCAAAUGAUGAUGCUUCUCACAAUAGUCUGACUAUGCUGAGCAAAGGACACAUCGGCUUGAAUAAACCUACGAUAAAAAGCGAAUAUACUGUCAAGGCAGAAAAAUCUAUACCCAAAAGUCCGGGCCAAUCAGCUUCCAGUCAAUUGUCACAACAAAUUCAACAACAGAAAAUGGAUGCAUAUAACGACCAAAGCAUCCAUUCGCACCAAAGUAAAACGACAUGUGCGAACACAAGUCAAUCAGUUCAAAAUGUUAAUAUUUCGCAAAGUCAAUCACCUUGCAUGCCAUCACAGUUAUCCAUCCAACAAUCACAAAUGGGAAGCUAUAUAGGAAGUGAUAGCUCACAGCAUACGCGUAGUGCUUUCGAGUCAACAAAUGGACUAUUACCCAAUCAUAUGAGCCUAGACGACCAAUAUAUAAGAGAGCAGCAACUACGGUAUUCUCAGCAAAUGAGCGAAAUUAAUACGAUAGCACGACCAACUGUUUCAUAUCCAAGUGAACUGGUGUCAAACAGGGCUUCUUACGAAUUGUCCUCAUCUAGGUCAUAUGAUUCUUCCAUACCAACAUCAACAGCUUUCGAGCGAUAUGAUCCGUCGUGUAUACCUCAACGUGCUAACAUGUAUUCGUACAUGCAACCGACAUUAGAAGAUAUUAAUAAUCAGCAAAAAUAUCUUCACGAACAACAACAAAUGGCUCAGGCAAUGAUGAAAGCAGAGCAAGAAGAAAACUCAGCUCCCAUUUAUCCACGGCCUAUGUAUCAUUACGAUCCAUCGGUGCCACUUCCGCCGGGAUUUUCUGCGAUAAAUUUAUCAGUUAAAGUUGGCUCGAUACAAUCGGGGUUUAAAGGAACGGUGUCAUCACCUGGUCCGGUUCCAGUUAUUGAUUUAUCAACAUCCAGUGUAACUUCGUCCAGUCCACACGGAUUUCAUGCACAAAACUUUCCUAUUCAACGAAUAGCUGGUAGUCCACCAUCUAGCCCACAUCUUGCCAGUCCACAAGUGCCAAGUCCUCAAGGCCAAACACUUGACCUAAGUGUUAGUAGAAUACCUCACUGUGUUACAACAAGUCCUCGCUAUUCAGGACAUUCAGAAACUAUGCCUCCAAGUCAACGGAAUGGUCGACCAAGAUCUCCGCAAACUGAACCUGUCGAUUUUAGUGCACCGCCUAGACCGCUUGGAUUCGGUAUGCUUGGAUCGAUGGGACCAGCACAUUACAGCCGUGAAUCAACGCCAGAUAGUGGAGCGUCGCAUUAUAUGGAUUACAGAGAUCCUAGUGGAUAUAGUCCCAACAACAGCUACGGUAUGGUUGUUCAAUCUGACUAUCCACCGAACGGUUAUCCUGGAUAUGGUCCAGUUGCUUAUCAAUGUGGUAAUCCCUAUGCAAGCGCAGUCGGUCCCGCCGGAUAUCCGACACCGGUCUCUGGUGGUUAUUCGUCAAGUGCAGCAUCUUGUUACGUAAUGCCACCGCCACAGCACAUACCGCAUGAUAAAAGUGGGACGAAAGAUAGACAUCAACACCAGUCGCAUUCGCAAGAGCUCAAAUGUCCAACGCCCGGAUGCGAUGGGUCUGGACAUGUGACCGGAAAUUAUUCGUCGCAUCGCAGUUUGUCCGGAUGUCCCAGAGCAAAUAAACCGAAAAGUAAACCACGGGAUGGCCAAGACUCGGAACCGUUGAGGUGUCCGAUUCCCGGAUGUGAUGGUUCGGGUCAUUCCACUGGAAAAUUUUUAUCUCACAGAAGUGCAUCCGGCUGUCCCAUCGCGAACCGAAAUAAAAUGCGAGUGUUGGAAAAUGGGGGAACGGUUGAACAACACAAAGCAGCUGUUGCAGCCGCUACAGCAAUGAAAUUUGAUGGCGUCAAUUGCCCCACAAUUGGUUGUGACGGAACGGGACAUAUAAACGGUACAUUUUUAACGCAUCGAUCAUUGUCAGGCUGCCCAGCAGCAGCGCAAUGUAUCAAAAAGUCUAAAUUUGACGAUGUCAUGGUUUAUCCGAAGGGGUAUGGCGGUAUGGAUAUUAUGAUGGCUGGUCAGACGAAUCCAAAUAAUGGCAAUGGCGAAGACUUAACCACAUUGGAAGCGGAAAUAACCGAAUUGCAACGGGAAAAUGCACGCGUUGAAUCACAAAUGAUGAGACUAAAAUCGGACAUUAAUGUAAUGGAAUCGCAUUUGACACACGGCGAACGGGAGAAUCAAGUAAAUUCGCAUCGAAACAAUAACCUAAACGAGUACUACGAGAGCUUGCGAAACAAUGUAAUUACAUUGCUAGAACAUGUACGCAUACCAAAUGGUUGUCCGCCCGAAAAGGUAGCUCACGAAAAUUUCGAUAAUUACUUGUCGAAGUUACAAUCGUUGUGCACUCCAGAUGGUUGUUACACUGAAGAAAAUCGUCCAAUUUAUGACAGUGUUCGAUCAGCUCUUCAAGAUUUUACUGUGUUACCAACGCCAAUUUAAAUAAUAAAAAUUAAAAACAAACCAGAAAAAAGAAGACAAAAUCCAAAAUGAAUUAUAGUGUUAAACGUCCGUUUUGUUAAUUAUAUUGUAGUUCAGUAAUUUGAUGGGUAGUCGACUUCUAAACAAAUUGCAAAGUUAUGUAACCGUAAUCGUAUAAUUUUCUCUUUUUCACAGUUAUAUGUUUUUUGUUGGUCAGUGAUUUGAUGGGCUGCACUUUAAGUUGGUAAAUUGUUGCUAAUGUUUUCCAGCCGACAUGAACUUAAUGAAUGGUUAAAUGAAUUUAAAUUAAUCCGAGAUGCUGUGGCAGAUCAUUUGAUUGUCGAUUGUGCUUACUAUUGCUGAACGAAUGAAAUCGUAGAUAGAACAACAGGUGCCUGAAUGAAUAAAUGAGUGAUUUAUUUACCAAUUCAGAAAUUUAUCCAAAAAUUUGAAUGAACAUGGUAUCGAAAUAACAUUGCAAUUUGUUUAUAAUCUUCUUGUUAAUGUUUCGGUCAUUUAAGUUAGGCAUGAAAGAAUAGCAACAGUCUUGAAUUUGGAGGGCAGCGGAGAAUAUGGCACACGCGAUCAUAGUAUGCGUCCUUUUACUACAUGUAACGAAAAGUCAUGACUGUGCCAGAUUCGCCUCCAAGAGGUGUAUCUGGCACAGAAUCAAUUUGUAUGGUAUGCCAGAUUAGCCCACGCCAUUUGGAGAAUCAUAAUUGGUUUUGCACGAGAUUGCCACAAGCACAUUAUUUGGUAAAUGUAAUUCGCAUCCGAGUGUGAAUUGGAGAUGAAUUAGAAAAAAAUAUCAGGUGCACACAUUCUCUCAAAAUGCCCAGUGUAUUUUGUAAAUAUUAUUCCCACAAGUGUUACAAAUAUCCCGUGGAACCCGCACGAUGAUGGAAUCAUUUUAAAUUUGUCUUUAUCUAGAGUCUGAAGGAACAGGUUCAAAGGACUCAAGUUGAUAACGAAAACAGUGUCAGCAAAAUUUUCUUCUCCAUCGACCUAGAGGAUGGCUUGUUAUGCUACAUAUACAAACACUGCAGAUAGUAGAAAACUUCACCGGAUCGCAAAAAAAUACGAAAAUUGGUUAUUUGCAAGAAAUGACGCGUAGAAAAAAAUAAAAUAAACAAAAGGUACAAAUUAGAUUAUAAAGUGACGACAAAAAUGCGAUGCGUACCAAUCAUACUAAAAGCAUAUAUCGAAUUCUCCGUAGUCGAGUGGCAAAUAUUCAUGUGGUGAUUAAAAAAUUUCGGUGUGCCGAUCCAUCAACAGAUGGUUUUGUAUCAGCUGAUGAACAUUGUAACGAUUGUUUGCUUUGCGUUUAUCUUGCUGUUCUCUCUGUGCGUGUGUGUCUGACGGGUAACAAACGACAGAUCAUACUAACAAUGAAAUAGACACCAGCUGAUACAAAACCAGCUGUUGCUAGAUCGGCACCCCCAAAUUAUUUAAUCGCUGUAUAGAAAACCUUUUGUCAGCUAGAAGAAAUCCUUAGAAAAUUUUUCAAACUUUUACGAAAGAUAAUGCUGAGAAAAUCCACAAAAUCGUUGAAAAUCCUUUA